AGGAUGAUAUAUCAUUACUCUGUCUGAUUUCGUUUAUUUGUGUGAUAUUGUAGUGAAAGAAGGAAGAUUAUGGAAUCGUCGAGUAAUCUACAAGUUCUAAAUGCACUUGACGGGGCGAAAACACAAUGGUACCACUUCACGGCGAUUGUGAUCGCAGGAAUGGGGUUCUUUACGGAUGCCUACGAUCUAUUUUGUAUAUCGCUUGUCACCAAAUUGCUAGGCCGUAUUUACUAUUAUCAGCUCGGAUCCUCAAAGCCGGGUAGUCUACCACCCGAAGUCUCUGCCGCGGUUAACGGUGUUGCCCUUGUUGGAACGUUAGUCGGGCAGUUGUUUUUCGGUUGGCUCGGUGAUAAACUAGGACGAAAAAAAGUGUACGGCAUAACACUUAUGUUAAUGUGUCUUUGCUCCAUUGCUUCUGGUUUAUCAUUCGGUAGUCACCCGAAAGGUGUGAUGACUACUUUAUGUUUUUUCCGGUUUUGGUUAGGAUUCGGGAUCGGAGGAGAUUACCCGCUAUCCGCGACUAUUAUGUCUGAGUAUUCGAAUAAAAAAACUCGUGGUGGGUUUAUAGCUGCGGUUUUUGCUAUGCAAGGAUUCGGGAUCUUGGGAGGAGGUAUCUUUGCUAUUUUUAUAUCCGCGGUUUUUGAUAGCAAGUUUAAAGCUCCUCCGUAUGAAGUAGAUCCAGUUAAGUCGACCGUGCCAGAAGCCGAUUACGUUUGGAGGAUCGUGUUAAUGGCUGGAGCGAUUCCCGCACUCUUAACUUACUAUUAUAGAAUGAAAAUGCCUGAAACCGCUAGAUUUACUGCUUUAGUAGCGAAAAACGCAAAGAAAGCAGCAUCGGAUAUGUCUAAAGUUCUCCAAGUAGAAAUAGAAUCUGAACAAGAGAAGCUUGAUGAAGUUAUGGAAAGUUCAAAGAACUCAUUUGGGCUUUUUAGCUCAGAAUUUGUUAAACGUCACGGUCUUCAUUUACUCGGAACUACAAGUACUUGGUUCUUGCUAGAUAUCGCGUUUUAUAGCCAAAAUCUCUUCCAAAAAGACAUAUUCUCAGCUAUCGGAUGGAUCCCGCCUGCAAAAACCAUGAACGCGAUUCAUGAAGUUUACAAAAUCGCGAGAGCACAAACACUUAUCGCGCUUUGCAGUACUGUCCCUGGAUACUGGUUUACCGUCUUUCUAAUUGACAAAAUGGGACGAUUUAAAAUACAACUACUCGGAUUCUCAAUGAUGACUAUAUUCAUGUUUGUUUUAGCAUUUCCUUACAACUAUUGGAUCAAACCCGAACACAACAUUGGAUUCGUAAUCGUUUACUCAUUAACAUUCUUCUUUGCAAAUUUCGGCCCAAAUGCUACUACAUUUGUGGUACCAGCUGAAAUCUUUCCUGCAAGAUUAAGGUCUACUUGUCAUGGAAUAUCCGCGGCUUCAGGCAAAAUGGGAGCGAUAGUUGGGGCAUUUGGGUUCUUAUAUUUGGCCCAAAAUAAAGACCCUAAAAAGACGGAUCAUGGGUAUCCACCGGGCAUUGGAGUGAAGAACUCGUUGAUCGUGUUGGGUGUGAUUAACCUUGCCGGAACGUUAUGUACGUUUAUGGUGCCCGAAUCUAAAGGAAAGUCACUUGAAGAAAUAUCCGGUGAGAACGAAGAAGAAACAGGCGACACACGAGCAUAA